AUGACAUCAGCUCCUGAAAUUGAUAUUAAACCUGAGUAUUGUCCAGAAGCUGUGAUUGAGUGGUAUCGGUUAACAGGUUUAGAAGAUCGUAAAGAAAGUCUUAGUAGAAGGGAUUUGGCUUUGAAAGCAAAACAACAUCUGGUUUUUUUGAAGUGGAAUUUUUGGUAUGUUAACAAGAAGGAUAGGUGGGAAUUGCGUUAUACUUCGCCUAUAAAUGGAAAAAACUAUAUAUCUCUUAGGAAGGCAUGUGAGAGUUGUAUUGAAGAUGGAGGUUGUUCCACCAUACACUCUUCAACAACCUUACAACUGCAAUCAGCAACAAUUUCUUCGAACGAUUUUGGAGAAAUCGAUCAAUCAACUUUUAAUGAGAAUUCUGAAGCCUUUAGUUUGAUUUCUCUUCAAAAAUGUAAUGUUACUACAAUUUCUGAAGAUGGGGGCUAUUCAACAGUGCAAGUACCACCAACUACAACUUCUUCGUGUCCACUACAUUUGAAUGAGGGAUUGAAAGAUUUUGGAGAAAUCGUUCAAUCAACUUCCAAGGAUGAUUUUGAAGCCUUUAAUUCAGUUUCUCUUCAAAAAUAUAAUGCUACUACAAUUUCUGAAGAUGAAGGUUGUUCCAUCGUACACGCUUCAACAACAGUGCAGCCACUAUCAACUCAAGUAAAUUUAAAAAAGCGACCAAGAGACUUUGGAGAAACCGAUCAAUCAACUUUUAAUGAAAAAUGUAAUGUUACAACAAUUCCAGCCUCAGAAAUUACGAAUUCACUACGUUCUUAUAAAAGACAAAAAAGACAAAAGGUGUCAAAUACGAGGAUAAUGGAUACAAAUUUAGAUGGUUGCGAUCAAAAUGGAGAAGUACUAAAUUCAAAAGUCUUUGAAAAAAGAGAAGAGGCAUUAAAGGUUAUUACAAGAGAAGGAUGCACAUUUAUUUCAUGGAUGGUAAAGAAUAGAGUUUUGGUUCCAGGAACUAAUGUGUUUUGUCGAGGUUGGAACAAUAUUGUCAAAAUUGGGAGGAUAGUUUUUGAUGGUAUAAUUUGUGAUUGCUGUCGCGAUAAUUUCAAUAUUAUUGAGUUUGAGAGUCAUGCUGGCUGCAUAAGAAAUAGUCCAUCCACUAGUAUUAUGUUGGAAGACGGAAGGUCAUUGUUGGAAUGUCAAAUAGAAGCUCUGAAUUGA